UAUAUAUAUAUAUUGAGAUGGGAAAAAGCAAAGUGUUGAUUGUAGGAGGAACAGGGUACCUUGGGAAGAGAUUAGUGAAAGCUAGUUUAGCAAAUGGUAAUGAAACCUAUAUUUUGCAUCGUCCAGAAAUAGGAGUUGAUAUUGAGAAAGUUGAAAUGCUUAUUUCUUUUAAGAUGCAAGGAGCUCAUCUUGUUUCUGCUUCUUUUAACGAUCAUCGGAGCCUCGUCGACGCCGUUAAACUCGUCGAUGUUGUCAUUUGUGCCAUCUCCGGCGUCCACAUUCGUAGCCAUCAUAUCUUACUUCAGCUCAAGCUUGUGGAUGCCAUCAAAGAAGCUGGAAAUAUCAAGGUAUAUAAAAUAGCACUUAUUCAUCCAAACUGAUUACAUAUUCAUAGUUAUAUACUCCCUCAGUUCCAAUUUAUGUAAACCUUUUUGAUUGAGAAAAAAUGUAGACUUUUAGAAUUUGUGAUCCUAAACAAGUCAAAAAGGACCCAGAGUAUUUGUA